GAUCUCCCGUUGCUACGCGACCGCGUAACAAUCGCAGCGGAGCCGGAGAGGAAAAAACAGAGCGAGAGAGAGGAGAACAAACACACACAUACACACAGGUCGCCGGUCGGGGCACCGUCAGACCUGACACUGACACUCAAAUAGCAUCAAAUAGUUCAAAUAGCAUCAAAUAGUUCCUGCAAAACUUUGGUUAUAUGUUGUGUCGUUACUAUCCUGAAGUAUGAAUCCUUUGCCACAAAGAUGCAAACCAGGAUCGAGUUACUUCUCACUUACAGAGAGCAUGUAUAGAAGCAUGAUGAAAUGGAGCAACACUCAUGUUCCAGAGUCUGAGGCUCUGGAGGACCGGCUGCUGAGUGUGGAGGUCUCCGAGGUGAAUGUGGACCUUCUCAUGAUGAUCAUGGACGCGGUGGCGUCCAUUGCUGCUUUUGUCAGAUUCUUGCCGCUUGCCAACAGGAUAUGCAUUGAGAUGGCCGAACCUGGUGGAUUAACACAGGUGAUGGAGAGCAAUGUCACCAAGGACUAUUUAUCUUCUUGGAGUAAAGCUGGACGUAUUGAGUCUUUGAAGAGCCUGAAACAGCGUCUGCAAGACUCUGGUGAGAACAAAGUUCACCUCAAAAUGAAAACCAAGAAGACCGCAGAAUCGACUGAUGCAGUGACCAAAGGUGACUGCCAGGCGGAGAGCCAGAGGACCGAGGCGGAAGCAGUGACCCAGCCCGAUGCUGCAGCCGCCCCUGCUGGACAGCAGCCAGAGCCCAAGUGUCCUGAUGACGAGACACAGGAGGGAGAGGAGAAGGAUGGAUGGAGCAUGGCCGACAUUAAAGUUGUGGGAAAACGCAGGAGGGAGCUUGUCGGACCUGAGGCAAAGCGAUCUCGCGCUCAGUCUCCGUGUGUUGUAGCAGAUUUCAGACUGCCUCAGUUCAACCCUAACAGCCCCAUCGGUCAGGAGUUUGUGGUCCCUAAAUCAGGAUUUUUCUGUAACAUCUGCUCUGUUUUCUGCCUGAAUGAGAAGACCGCCAAGGAACUCCACUGCUGCAGCCAGAAACACUACGACAACCUGCAGAAGUAUUAUGAGGAACGUCGACAAAGAGCUACAAAAACUUUGUCUCACACGUCUCCAGGCUCCGUUUCUGACUGAUGGACCUGAUCUACUGGAGAACAAGCCA